AUGCGCAACAUCGCUGCGAGCACGGCGGUGCCGGGCGAUCGCAGGGCGGCGGCGGCGGCGGCGUUCCGGAGCUUCACCGGGCUCAAGUCUUCGGGCUCGGUUCCGCUCGCGAGGCAGCUGAACGCGCUGUUGCUCUCGUCUGGCUCCUCCUCUUCUGCUCCCUCGAGCGCGUCGGUCGUGAGAGCCGUGUCGACGCCAAUAAAGCCUGAAACUGCUGCUGAGCCUAAACGUAGCAAGGUUGAAAUAAUUAAAGAACAAAGUAAUUACAUAAGGUACCCUCUCAAUGAGGAACUGCUGACAGAUGCCCCCAACAUAAAUGAAUCUGCUAUCCAAAUCAUCAAGUUCCAUGGGAGCUAUCAACAGUACAACAGGGACGAACGUGGGGGAAGAUCAUAUUCGUUCAUGCUUCGUACAAAGAACCCCUUUGGAAACGUUCCCAACCAACUUUAUUUGGUCAUGGAUGAUCUUGCUGAUCAGUUUGGAAUAGGAACACUUCGUUUGACUACAAGACAAACAUUUCAGCUCCAUGGAGUCCUGAAGAAGGACCUCAAGACAGUGAUGAGCACGAUAAUUAUGAACAUGGGCUCAACUCUCGGUGCUUGUGGAGAUCUCAACCGAAAUGUUCUUGCCCCUGCUGCCCCAUAUGCGAGAAAGGAUUACAAAUUUGCACAAGAAACUGCGGAAAAUAUUGCUGCACUUCUUACACCGCAGUCGGGUUUCUACUUUGAUAUGUGGGUAAAUGGAGAGAAAAUCACCUCAGAUGAACCUGCUGAGGUUGUUAAGGCUCGAAACGAUAAUUCUCAUGGAACAAACUUCCCUGACUCCCCUGAGCCAAUUUAUGGAACUCAAUUCUUGCCCAGGAAGUUCAAAAUUGCUGUUACUGUGCCCACAGAUAACUCGGUUGAUAUCUUUACAAAUGACGUUGGAGUUGUUGUCAUCUCUAAUGAGGAGGGAGAGCCUCAAGGAUUUAACUUAUAUGUUGGUGGUGGUAUGGGAAGAACGCAUAGGGUGGAGACUACCUUUGCCCGCCUGUCAGAACCUUUGGGUUACGUACCAAAAGAGGACAUUUUGUAUGCAAUAAAGGCUAUUGUUGUUACCAGAGAAAAUGGGAGAAGAGAUGAUCGCAAAUAUAGUAGAAUGAAAUAUUUGGUUAGUUCUUGGGGAAUUGAAAAGUUCAGAAGCGUUGUUGAGCAGUAUUAUGGCAGAAAAUUUGAGCCAAUUCGUGAAUUACCAGAGUGGGAGUUCAAGAGUUACCUGGGAUGGCAGAAGCAGGUGUAUGGUGGUUGGUUUUGCGGGCUGCAUGUUGAUAAUGGACGUAUUGGGGGGAAUAUGAAAAAGACACUAAGAGAGAUAAUAGAGAAAUAUAAUCUCAAUGUUCGUCUCACACCAAACCAGAAUUUAAUAUUGUGUGAUAUACGGAAUGCGUGGAAGCGUCCUAUCACAAAAGCUCUUGCACAGGGUGGUUUUCUGGAACCUAAAUACGUGGACUCUCUCAAUAUAACUGCAAUGGCGUGCCCUGCAUUGCCUCUAUGUCCAUUGGCAAUAACUGAAGCUGAACGAGGAAUACCUGAUCUACUUAAGCGGGCUCGAGCUGUAUUUGAUAAGGUUGGUCUUAAGUACAAUGAAUCUCUUGUGAUAAGGGUAACUGGCUGCCCUAACGGCUGUGCUAGACCAUACAUGGCUGAACUUGGACUUGUUGGUGAUGGUCCUAACAGUUACCAGAUUUGGCUCGGAGGGACACCAAAUCAGACAUCAAUAGCAAGAACUUUUAUGAAUAAGGUUAAAGUUCAGGAUCUGAAGGUUUUUGAACCUCUUUUCUACUAUUGGAAGCGUAAGAGACAAUCCAAGGAAUCAUUCGGCGACUUCACUAAUCGUGUGGGAUUUGAGAAGCUUCAAGAGUGGGUUGACAAGUGGGAUGGUGUCAUAAAGGCACCUGCGCGCUACAACCUGAAGCUAUUUGCUGAUAAGGAGACAUACGAGGCCAUGGAAGAACUGGCAAAGGUGCAGGACAAAAGUGCUCAUCAAUUAGCCAUAGAAGUAGUCCGGAACUUUGUCGCUGCCCAGCAAAAUGGGAAGGCUGAGUGAGAUAGCAGUUCAAAUCGAUCUUUUUUAAUGCCUGCCUCACCAAUGCCGAGUUGAAUAAGAAGAUGAUCUACCGUUUUGUCUAUGUCGUUACCAUACAGUAACGGCUCCUGUCGAGUAGAUGCAGUGCGAGGUGUCGUUGUUUUUUAUCUCUUACUUCCAUCAGUUUGUUUUUCCAGCUUUUGCAAGACCUCGAGUCGGUGUAAACAAUUGAGUUUUCUUUUCCCUUUUGUAAUUUCCUUUCACUCGAGUAAUCAAAUUUCUUCUGUUGCCUGUA